AUGUCGAGCGCCGCGAAUAUUCUGUUAAAGCAAUUUAAAGAACUUACCAACAAUCCUGUGCCUGGCUUUACUGUAGCUUUGCACGAUGAUAGCAACGUGUUUGAAUGGGAUGUUGGUAUCAUAGGCGCCCCAAAUACGGUAUAUGAAGGUGGCUAUUUCAAGGCGACGCUUAAAUUCCCAGAUGACUAUCCCUUCAACCCACCGACCUUCAAGUUUAAUAAUGACUUUUUCCACCCAAAUGUCUAUUCCGAUGGCCGCCUUUGCAUAUCAAUUCUUCAUCCUCCGGGUGAUGAUCCUACUAGCGGAGAGACUGCUGCGGAACGUUGGAAUCCAACACAAAGCGUAGAAAGUAUUCUUAUAAGUAUUGUGAGCUUACUAGUGGAUCCCAAUUGCUCAAGUCCCGCCAAUGUGGUCAUGUAUCGCAAAGAACGAGAAUCAUAUAAUUCUAUAGUUCGAGCACAAGUAGAAGCUUCAAAGAAAGAUAUUCCAGCUGGAUUAAAAAUACCUACUCGUGGUUAG